CACUUGUCUUCGACAUGCCAUGUGAAUAGGAACGAACCUCGCAUCUUGAUACCAUCUCAUCCAUCGACCACUCUGACUCCCUCCUGUGCUAGCACAACAUGGCAUCUAAAGUCGUUUCCACGCUGAAAGAAACCGCCUCGGAACCGAUCCUAACCGGCGCUCUCUUGUACCUCCUCACGCGUGGUCCCAGCAAUCUUCGAGAGCGCAUCCUCGGCCCUUUCCAAACCAAUCUUCUUGCGAAAAAUGGCGUUGCAAGACUUGCAGUCUUCAUCACAGCACUCAAGGUACUGACCGGCUUGGGUGUGGUGCGGCGCAUCAAUGGAGCACUAAACAGCCUAGCCUGGAACAACUGGAAGUUGUUUGGAAGGCCCGGCGCUCCCUUUGAAUUCGGCCCAGAGAAGAAAGAGCUGGUGAUAAUCACUGGUGGGAGCUCGGGCUUUGGAUACGAGAUGGUGAAGAGCUUUGCCAAUCAUGCUCGUGUCGUGGUCUUGGAUGUUGCGGACUUCCCGCCCGAGUUGUCUAGUAUUCCCGACGUGCAUUUUUACAAAUGCGACAUCACAGAUGCUUCAGGCGUUGAAGGAUUGUGCAAGGAGGUUCUGCAAACUCAUGGAGAUGCGACGGUUCUGAUCAACAACGCCGGAAUUGGAUCGGGAAAGUUGGUGCUUGAGACGUCAAAUGCAGAGAGCGAAAAGCUCCUCAAGGUCAAUCUUCUUUCGCACCUUACCCUCAUUCGUGAAUUCCUACCUGGGAUGUUGCGCAAGAACAAGGGCCAUAUUGUCACGAUUGCAUCCAUGGCAUCUUUCCUUGCAGCGCCUGGACUGUUGGACUACUGUAUUUCCAAGGUUGGCGCACUUUAUGUCAGUGAAGGUGUACGUGCGGAGUGUUUGUCGCGAUACCCCGGUGGAGAAGGCAUAUGUUUUACGUCCGUCCAUCCGUCAUGGCAUCAAACAGGUAUCCUCAAAGGCAACGAAGCAACUAUUGCCAAAUUUGGUAUUGUUCCUGACCCACCGACCAAUGUGAGCGACUUGGUCGUCAAGCAAGUUUUGAACGGAAAGAGCGGGAGACUUGUCGUCCCCAAGUCAGAGGAAAGUAAAACCGGGCUGCGAAAUUGGCCGCUGUGGGCGCAAGACAUUGCUCUUGGGCUGGUGUGGCAAAGGAAGGAUUCGUUUGGUUUUGCGAAAAAGUAAGGCGCAUGUUGAGUUCCAGGGGGGUACGGCAGCCUGAAGUGGGGUCGAUGCGAUGGCUCAUUGUGCUCAUCACACCUUCUAAGUGCUUACACGGAUGUGAUCUCGUUAUGUAUGACGCUGUACUUAAUGAACUUUGUUCCG